ACUUGCAACAGCAAUGGCGAACUCUAGGUUGUUGUUGUUACGCCCGUCUUGUAAUAAUAGGUCCCUGAUGAGUUUUGUUGGCUCUUCUUCGGUUUUUAUCAGGUGUAGUACUACUCCGGCCAAGGGUUUAGGGUUUAAUAUUGCAGGGUCGGAUCAGAAGAAAAUUAAUAUUGGUGAUCAUGAUCAGAGGAAGAGCAACCAACUUUAUUUGAAUAAGGAUAGUACUAGCACUGUUAAGGCAUCGGUGGCCGCGGCGGCCGCUUCGGGAAGUGUAGUCACAACGGCAGCGACGGCGACACCACCCCGGAAUGACGGAGAAGUCCGUGGUGGAAUGUUCACGUCAUUGAUGGAUUUGUUUUCUACCAGUAGUUCAAACCAUGCUUUGCUACUUUUAAUCAUGUUAAGGAAAAUGGCUGAUUUGAUUAACCAAAGAAAAUAUUAUUUUCAGAAAAUGCAGCUCCAGAUGUUCUUCGAAAGGGUCAUAAUUGAUUGUCGAUUCUUUACAUUAUUUGCCGUUGCGGGGUCUUUGCUUGCUUCUGUGUUGUGUUUCGUUGAGGGCUGCCUCGUUGUUCUAAAGUCAUACAUCCACUAUUUCCAUACUUUGUCAGAGAAGACAGAUCAAAGAAUUGUGAUGCAGCUACUCAUUGAAGCCAUAGAUACGUUCCUUCUAGGAACCGCCAUGCUCAUGUUCGGAGUUGGGUUAUAUACCAUGUUUGUUGGGUCAAAACCUGCGAAAGAAAAAGGCCUUGCUGGCUCAAACUUGUUUGGUUUAUUCCACAUCAAGAGAGUUCCAAGGUGGGUAGAAAUGAAAUCAGUUUCAGAUGCAAAAUCAAAGCUAGGGCAUGCAGUGAUGAUGAUACUUCAAGUGGGAGUGUUGGAGAAGUUCGAGAGUGUUCCUUUGGUCACUGGCCCUGAUCUUGUCUGUUUUGCUGCAACUCUUCUAAUUUCCUCCGCAUCCAUUUUCCUUCUUUCCAAACUCUCUUCUGUUAAUCCAAGGCAGAGAGUUUCACGUGUUAAUUAACACAAAAUUCACUAUCAACAGAUACAAAUUAAAGCAAUUAGUAGUGAUUAAGCUUAGUCAAUAUAGAUUGUACUAAAUAGAUCAAUUCUUUUUUACACUGCGUAGAUGUAAUACUCAAUGUUUAUA